AUGGAUUCAGCAUCCGUCUUCCUCCUCAUCCUCUCAGUGAUGGCUGCUUAUGUGAGUGCUGCCAAAAAACAUGAGGAUGUCCUUGACACGUCUUCGGAUAUCACUGAGCAAAUUGAAAAAGCCAAUGCUCACUCAAAAACUGCUUUGGUACAUGGGGACAUCAUACCCUCUCCAGCCAAGAAUGCUGUCCCAUGCACUGCCAGGGGAUGCAAGUGGCGCAAAUACGGCCGCUACGUCUACGUGCCCGUUAGUUUUUCUCGCUCAUACUCCAGGAACGAGAUGAACACCAUCAUUAGAGGCCUGCUGACCUUUCACAGCACCACCUGUAUCCGCUUUGUCUGGAGGAGGUGGUGGCAUUCCAGUUACAUCUACUUCUUCAGUGGCUCUGGCUGCUGGUCCUACCUGGGCCGUCAGAGUCGGGGCCAAAGAAUCUCUCUGAAGAAAAAUGGCUGUUUGCAUAAUGGCAUAAUUCAGCACGAGGUUCUGCACGCUCUGGGCUUCCACCAUGAGCAGGUCCGCUCUGACAGAGACGAACACGUCAGGAUCCUGUUCGAGAACAUUUUGCAAGGAAGAGAAGGCAACUUCAAGAAGGUGGAGACCAACAACCUGGGGACUCCCUAUGACUUGACGUCUGUCAUGCAAUACUACAAGUAUGCUUUCUCCAAAAACGGCAAACCAACCAUUUUAGCCAAAUCCGACCCUGACCUCAACUUUGGAUAUUCCGAUGCCAUGACCCAAAAUGACAUUGAUCGUGUCAACCGGCUUUACCAAUGCUGUGAGUGA